AUGCCGCAAGCCAAGCUUGCUACCACCGAUCACACAACUCCCAACAACAGCCAAAAUGCUCCUCCUACCAAUCAGAAUAAACAAGAAGUCACGUUGGAGCUCCAGAAGUACAUCCUGCUGCUGGCCUCGCUGGUGGCCACGGUGACCUAUGCCGCCGGGUUCAGCCCGCCGGGGGGCGUCUGGCAGGACACGGCUGCCGGGCACCUCGCCGGCGACCCCAUCAUCCGGGACACCCACCACAAGCGGUACGUGGCCUUCUUCUACUGCAACGCCACCGCGUUUGCCGCGUCGCUCGUGGUCAUCGUCACCACCCUCACCCUCGCCUACCUGGACGACUACAAGGACAAGUACUCCGGCUCCAAGAUCGUCGUCCAGUACAUGAAGAGACAAUGGAUCGCCGUUCGGACGCUGCAGACGGCCAUGGUGUUGGACCUGCUCAGCCUCAUGGGAGCCUAUGCCGCCGGCACCUGCCGGGACACGUUCACCACCGUCUACUCCUCGGUGCUGGUGGGCGUCGUCUUCGUCUACCUCGUUGGUCAAGUGGCGGUGGCCUCGUGCUCGUGCUUCACCGACACCGGCUCCGGCGGCGUGCCCAAAGGCCAAGUCGAAGGAAACCCCAACUCCGGUUCCGGUUCCGGCGGCGGCGUGCCCGAACCCGAAGCCGUCGAAAAAGAAGAAGAACGGCAGAAGGCGAAAAAAAGUUUCCGCAAGGUCAAGGUCCUGAUGGCGCUUGCUUCAGUGGCCAACAAGGUCGAACAUGACAAGGCGAAAGAACGGUUCCGCAAGGUCCUGAUGCUUCUCGCGACGUUCGCCGUGAGCAUCACGUACUUGGCCGGGCUGAGCACGCCGGGGGGGUUCUGGGACAGCACUGGCUUCGGGCACCGCCCCGGCGACUCCAUCCUCAAGGACCAUCACAACACGCGCCUGGCCGUAUUCUUCGGCUUCAACACCACGGCAUUCGUCGCGUCACUGCUCAUCAUCGUGGUGCUUCUGGACACGAAGCUCCGCCAGAUCAAUGCCUACGGGUUCAUCGUCGUCGCGCUCGUCAGCCUCAUCGGCGCGUACAAUGCCGGCAGCUGCAGGCAGACCGACACCACCAUCUACGUGUUCAGCCUCAUCCCUGCUGUUCUGGUGUACAUUUCGUUCCUCUACUUUGUCGCAGAUCACAUCUACGCCAAAUGGGAAGAAAUGAAAAAAAAUUCAGGUAGUAUUCAGAGUUUGCCUCGAUUUGGUACCGCUCGCUCUUCCUUUGCAAAUCAUUGGCAUUCAGAACAUUCAAUAUUGAUUGCAUUGCAGCUGAAUUUCUUUAAUUUUUCUCCGAAUCAGGGUCAGGAGGGUAAAACAGAGAAGGAGAAAGCAGCCGACAAGGCUCGCUCUCUUGUUCUGCUGCUCGCCACUCUGGCAGCGACGAUCACCUACCAAGCGGGGUUAGACCCGCCGGGCGGCGUCUGGCAAGACAACAGUGGUGGCCACACCGCCGGUGACCCAAUCCUCCUGACGACGAAUGCUCGGAGGUACAAGGCUUUCUUCUACUGCAACUCGGUGUCGCUGGUGGCGUCCCUGGUCGCCAUCGUGCUGGUCCAGAGCAAGUUUCUGCUCAAGCACCAUGUGCUGGAGGCGGUCAUGAUACUGGACCUCUUCGGCCUCAUCGGUGCAUACGCGGCAGGGAGCUCCCGGGAUGUGAACACAUCCAUCCAUGCCAUGGCAUUGGCUGGCGCCGUCCUCGUCUACGUGGUCAUCCACGUCAUCUUCAUCACGCUGGACGACGCCACACGCACAAGGAGCGAGAGUGACAAGAAAAAGGACAAUGAGUUGGUGGAGAAGACGCGCAAGCGGCUGCUCCUCUUCGCCAUCUUGGCGGCGACCAUCACCUACCAAGCCGGCCUCACUCCUCCAGGAGGGUUCCUGCUCCAGGACGACCAGUCCGGGCACCACGCCGGUGACCCGGUCCUCUUGUACAACUUCCCGCGCCGCUACAAGGCCUUCUUCUACUGCAACUCGGUGAGCUUCAUGCUGUCCAUCGCCCUCAUCCUCCUCCUCGUCAACCCCAACCUGUACAGGCCAGCCAUACGGACCCACGCGCUGUCCGUGUGCACGGGGGUAGGCUUGUUUGGCCUCAUGGGCGCCUACGCUGCCGGAAGCACGCAGCAUGUGAAGACAUCCAUCUACAUAUUCGUGUUGGUGGCAGUGGUCAUUUUCUUCAUAGUCCUACUGUUCCUGGUGUUUUGGUUCACGGGCUGCAGCAAAACUCCACAAGGAGCACCAAUAGAGACCAACACACAAGACGAGGAGGACAAUGACGACACCGAGAAAAAGAAGAGCAUACAUGCCAACCGCAAGUACCUCAUGUUGCUAGGGAUCCUUGUGGCAAGUGUCACCUACCAGGCCGGCCUAGAGCCGCCGGGCGGAGCUUGGCAGAACAGCAGUGGAGGGCACGAGGCCGGCGACCCGGUGAUGCAUGACAACAGGAGGCCCCGGUAUCUGGCUUUCUUCUACAGCAACUCCACCUCGUUCAUGGCGUCCGUCUCGGUCAUGGUCAUCCUGCUUCUCCUGGUACCACCAAAGCAGCUAGUUCGCAACGACCACUGGCACAAAAGGUGGCUUGUGGUGAUGAACACAACAAUUGUGCUGGACUUGCUUGGCCUCCUGGGUGCCUACGCAGCCGGCUCGAGCAGGCGGUGGAAGACAUCUGUGUAUGUGUUGCUGCUGGUCAUAGCCGUGCUGGUCUACAUGGCAUUCCAUCUCCUCCUGUCCUGCAUCAUCAGAAGGAGGAGUCGUCAGAGCGCCCAACCAUCGCCUGGCGACUCAUCAGUGAAACCCGAAGCAAAUGCUACUUCUCCAGUCUAG